AUGGAAGCCCAGGGGCCGCGGAUAGCGCAGGUCACCGCCAUGGCCGAUCCCGCCCACGUAUCAGCACCCUCGACAUCCAACCCGACGACGCUGACGCCUGCGGCAGCCAGGUCUGCAAAUCCUCAUCAACCGCAGGGCCUGUUGCCCGGUUUUGCUGCUGCCUACGUGCAACCGUACGGAUCGAUUCCGCCCCCGGCAUACUCCCGCAAAGGCAAGGCUCGCGCGACAGACGGGGCCGUGCAGUGUCAAGAGUGCGAGACUGCCUUUGCCGAGCAUCCCGACCAGGCGGAAGAGGACGAGCGCCUGUCGCUCUCCUUUGCUCGCACGCGAAAGGCGUCUCAUGCUCGCGCAAAGAGCAUCGGGCGAACAUCCUCGGAUGGAUACGACGGCUUCCUCUCUGACGGUACCCGUAUCUACCGACCAAGCACGCCCCGGCGCAUCACCGACGAGCGCGAGCUGCGACGGCGGAUAUACCGUGAGGCGCAGGCAGGCGCACACGAGACGACGCCUCGCUCCCGCUCCCCGGAAGACGUCGACGUCAGAGCAAGGGCCGGCACAUCGUCAUGGGGUCGCAAGCGAUCGGGACACCCUCGCUCCGGAUCUUCUCGGUCCACCCUGGCGGAACCCCUUUCGCUGCGCGCCGCAGGCGCUUCGCAGGCCUUGACGGGGACCGCAGCAGAGUACGGCCGGCUGCUGGGCCACUCCAUCCUGGCGUCUGCAUCGAUCUCCGCCCCGGAAAAGUCCUCCCUCGCCGCCACGUGCGCCGCCCUUCCCUCGCUCUACAAGGUCAGCAGAGGUCGCAGCGCCAACGUAAGCCCGAGCCGUCGUUGGGGUCGAAGGAGCGCGAGUGCGAGCGUCCUGAGCGGCAGCGAAGACACGAGCGAUCCGGAGGCAUCGCAGGACCGGCGAGCCCGCAUUGCAAGCAGGAUCGCACCUAGUGACCGAAGCUCCCUUGCCUCAUCGCCGACGUUGAGGAGUAGGGAGACAUCUCAGGACGGCGCUCUCUUCCCAUCGGACGAUGACGACGACGACGACGACGAUGACGUUGACGACGGCGGGGGCGAUAUGACGAGCGUAUCUUUCACCUCGGAUGGCGACGAGGACGGUGACGACGGCAACGCGGUGGGCGUCGAAAAACGUGCACCUAGGCGUCGACGUUCGCGCAGGUGGUCGAGCGUCGAGCGGGAUCGGUGGAAGGGCAUGCGGAUCCUCUUGUCGCCGAGCGUGGGAGCAGACGAGGAGCGUUCAAGCCGGUCAAAAAGUCACGCUGGGUCAGACGCCAAGAGGCGAAGGUCGCUUCGACCCUCGUCUCUCAGCAGUGAGCUCACGGUGACCAGCGAAUGCCCUUCGGACCUCGAUGGCAGUGCGUCGAGCUGCAGCAGCUCGAGCGACAUCGCUGGAGAGACGCGCAGAGCCAUGGAAGCGCUGGCGAUGGCGAUCCCAAUCGGACCCCGGUCCAGGCCGAACGGCUCUGGUAGCCCGAGCGGCGCCUUCUCGUUCCCAGACGGCUCCUCGGCCUCGAAUGGAACGAGCAUUCCAUCGCUCUCCUCAUCGGCGCCCUCGACCUCGCUGGUGCAGCAGAGCCCGCCGCUGCAACAUACCACGGUCAAGCCCAUCGUGCCCGUUCCCGUGCUCUCCGGAUCCGACCCGCUGCUGGGCAUCACGAUGAACAGCAUCGAGGACAUGAUUGAGGUCGAUCAGGUCGAGUUCUGCAAGGAGGACUCGGCCUCAGAGACCGACACGAAGACUACCGCGGCCAAGCGCGGCAGGAAGCUAUCCUGGAUCAUCGGCGAUCUUGACGACGAAGAGAACGAUGACAACGACGGAGGCGCGGCUGGGCGUGGCCCUGCCAUCGAGGAACCCGAGACACCUCCAGCGCGGCCGUCAUCGCAGUCCUACCAGGCAAGGCUCGCCGGGUUGCAGAGCCAUUUCCGCUUGUGGUCCCGAGCCGGUCAGGGUCAGGACGAAGGUCGCGACCGCCAAGCCUCUGCGGGAACCGAGGACCAGGUGGACCCUGUUGCGGCGUCGCCCGGUCUGCUCUCGAACAGCUGGCGAAAUCUCGCCCGCCUGCCCAACCUCAUCCUGCUUCCCGGUCUUGCCGCCAGGCAGGCUCGAGAGGCGAACGCAUCAGCGGCGCACGCGCGAUCGAGCUCCGCGACGAGCGGCGCUGGUCAGCCUGGCACCAUGGCCGACCUCGCCAGCAUCUUCCGGCAUGCCAGUGACCACGGUUCGCUCAGCGACGAGGAUGUCGAGGCAAGGAGGCAAGCCGCACUCCGCAUGGGCCGGCCUUCCUCGCCGUCGCCGAGCCCGUCGCCGCCGACUUCCCUGAGCUGUUCGCGCCAAAGCAGCAGCGAGAGUGUCCGCGGCGUGUCGCACCGUCGAUCAUCGAGCCAGCCGUCGGCGCUCGCAAAGAAGGGGCGCGGCGUGGCUAACCCUUACGAGGGCGAUCACGACCCUUCGGCGUACGUCUCGGGAUUGGGCCAGCCCAUCGAUCCCGACACGGAGCUGUCGUCGGUCGUGCACCUGCAGACCUUCAGAAGCCGCAGCCGCAGCCGCUCUGAGGUCGACCGCGACUCGACCCGGCCCGAUGCCUUCGAUCACGAUGCGAAGCGAGUCACCCCUCAGCCUCGUGCGGACAUGCCGAGACCGCCCAAGUCCGCAUCGCUGCUAGGGGACCGUCAAUCUGCCCGGCCUUCUGAGGACGUCGCUCAGGUCGAAUCGUCUGACGACAAGGGCCGUCGGCCGAAGGCUCUCGAGCUCAGCAUCGUGAUCCCGACGUUUGAGAGCGACUGCCUCGACGAUGAGCGGCGGCCAACGGACAUCGCCUCUGCACCGACAUCCCCUACCUACCACCGCCGGGAAGACAAGGUCAAGGCGGCGUCCGAGUCCAGCCCCGCCUCUGGUGCCAAGCUGAGCGAAGAAGACGAAGACGGCUUCCGGAGGUUCCAGAGCCGCCGCCAGCGGCGAAGGUCUUCGGGCCCACGCUCGACCCGGCCCAAGGCCGAGGCGCUCGUCCCAAGGGAUUUCUCCGCCUUUGCAAUCGACGAGGAAGCCGAGGACGAGGACAGCGAUAAUCUUUCGGGGAGCGGAAGAGCCGGCCGUCGGCAGCUCAGCGACGACACUUCAUCGGACUCCGACCAGCAGCAAGGCGCUUCGAGCCGGGCUCGAUCGCGCGGCCGGCAAGGACGUGGCCGUGGACGAGACUCUGUGCGCGAGGCCUCGCCCAGCCGGCUCGGCAAGCGGCAGUGCGCCGUCGGCCUGUUCGGCGGAGGUUUCAGUUCGCGCAGGCGCGAGGGCUCCUCGUCGACUUCCUCGACGCUGGGCUCCAUCUCCUUGGGUCACGGCUCGGCGAUCCGAGCUGUGCGCAGCUCGCCCGAUCUCACCUAUGCCGCCGCCGCCGCGCGCAGGGGACCGGGUGCGUCGUCGACCGAUGAAGACGGCGACGUGUCUUCGCCACCGCGAGGCUCGCGCGGCCGUCGCGGUGCGGUCAAGGUGGUGGCGUCGAGCGUUGGGCAGACGCUGACGUCGUCCAAGGCGCUGACCAUGAACCAGCACCUACGACGUGGGCCUUCGUAUCCGCCCCGCGCCGGCGACCAUACCGACUCCACCGCACCGAGCGCCGCGGCCGCUGACAAUACUUCGACGGGUCCGGCUGGCCACGGCGCCGUCUUCAGCUCCCCGUCGGCAGGGACCCACAUCCGGCUCCGGUUGUUGAGCAACAGCUCGCACCUCCUCAUGCUCAGCCUCGAGCUCGAGAUGAUCAAGAAGCACAAGAUUUCGGGCCCGCUCAAGCCCAGAUGGGGCAAGCACCGCGCCAACGACUUUGUCCCGCUGCCUCAGCGGUGCGAGGCGUCGCGCCAGGUUGGUGCAGGGAUCGUCGGGCAGCCGCCGUCGAUGUCGUCGUCGUCGUCGUCGUCGAGGCUCGCUGGCCGCCGUCCGGGAGCGCGGGAGGAGCAGCCGGGCCAGGAGGCCGUGGCGGGGAGCAGGCUCAAGUUCCUCUGGGAUCCCUGCGUGUGA